UCUCUUCCGAAACACCGCGCGCGCGCUCUCUAUCUCCACACAGAUACACGCACGCAAAGUCCCUCUUCUCUGUCCCUCUCAGCCCCGGCGUCAUGGACGCGACCCCCACGUUGUCUGUCGCCCUCGUGGUGGUGCUGGUUCUGGCUGUUGGAGUGGUCGGCCAGCCCCCAGCGCGCAACUUUGUGGUUGACAUUCUGUCCCCAAGCCCACACUUGGAGGGCUCCGUCACAGAGCUGGAGACCUGGUUUUCUGAUGGUGAAUGCAGCGACGGCCAUGAAGUCAAGAUCACAGUCACUGCAGGACCCAACUCCAAAGUCGGCACCUCGAGUACUGGCCCAUGGCUGGGCAGCCUCGAUCUCGCUGGCUUCUCAGUUUUCCCGGAUACGCCGCCGGGCUCGGGCGCUCGAGUUUUCGUUCUCCAUGACAACCUCGACAACAUCGAUUCUGGCUCGCGGAACGAGUUCAUCAAGUUUGCGGAUCCACUCUGGGUCGGAGCCCCUCCGCCCGGUCCUGCACCUCCCAGUCACUGCUUCUUUGUGCGGGCGCCAGGGCUUACUGGUCCUGGUCGGAGCGACGCUUCCGUUCCGAUCAACGUUGUUGACGACGACGUCGCCGAGGUGCUCAUCUCGGGCCUGCCGGCCACCAAGUUGACCAUUCCCGAGGGAAGCUCGUCGUCGUUCUCGGUCUGGCUCGGCUCGGAGCCGUCGAGUGGCUCGGUCGACGUCAAAGUGGUUGUGGCAGGCCCGGCGAUCUCGCCGCAGCAACUUGCUUUCACCUCACCGCCAGGUCCGCCGUUGCACACGCUCACCUUUACCACUGCCAACUACAUGAAUCCGCAGGUGGUCACACUGUACGCGGUCGAGGACAACAUCGAUGCCGACCCAUACGACUUUGAUCUGAAGCUCGAGCCCACGGGCGCGGCAGAGUACGGCCCCAUGCAGGACAAGGCCAUCGCUGGCAAGUACACGCUCGGCAACAACGAUGUGGCGAACAUUGUCAUCUCGGCUGUGUCGGCGUCGUCGACACCUGAGAACGGCGCUGAUAUCACGUACACGAUUGUUCUGGCGACUAGGCCACUUGGGGAUGUCACCGUGUCCUUGGCCUCGGACGACACCUCCGAGUGCUCGGUGACCCCGUCGCUCCUCUUUACACCGGCCAACUACAUCGUGCCACAGCAGGUUGUCAUCUCCCCGCAGAUCGACAAUGUCGACGACGGGCCGCAGUCAUGCAGCAUUCGGCACAAUGUGACGUCGGACAUCGACGUCAAGUACGACAACUUUGUCCUCGCCGACAUCACGGUCACCAUCGCUGACGUCGACACGGCCGCAGUCCUCUUUUCCACGUUUUCACCGUCGGACAUCAUCACCGAAAGCACAUCGACCUCUACCACGGUCCAGUUGGGCUCUCGGCCGCUCGGCACGGUCAACGUCUCACUCUCGUCGAGCGAUGUCGGCGAAGCCGAAAUCCUGCCGCCAUGGCUAGUCUUUACUGCAAGCGAUUGGAACACGCCGCAGCCAGUGACUGUCUUUGGUGUCGACGACUUUGUUGUUGACGGCACUCAAGCGGUCACUAUCUCGUUCGGCCCGGUGUCAUCGUCGGACGUGCUUGAGCCGUACCAAGGCCUGCCUGCCGUGACUGACGAAGUUACAGUCCAGAACGUCGACGUGCCAGCCGUGCUCGUCGGCGUCGCCGGCAUCCCAACGAACCAGCUGCUGGAGGACGGUCCAGUGGUGGUGCUGACCGUCGAGCUCGGUGUGGCGCCGGUUCCCGAUGUCCUUGUCAACGUCUCUGUGAGCGUCAACGACACCAUCCACGCUUCAAUCUCACCGUCGGUGGUCUCGUUCACCAACGCAGACUGGAACGUGAAGCAGAACGUUGUGCUCUCGCCGAUCGACAAUGAGCGCGCCGAGGACAACGUUGGCAUCGUUGUCAGUAUCGAAAACACCGUCUCGGACUCUUCGGUUUACCACAACGUGCAGCCGACGCCGUCGCAGAUGCCAUUCGACUUUAUCAACGACGACAUCGCCAGUGUCGUUGUCGAGUGCGUGUCAUGGCCUGCAAGUGUAGCGGAAGGUGCUUCAUUUGAGUUUUCGGCCUCGCUGGCGACCGAGCCAAGUGCCGACGUGGACGUGGCAUUUGCUCUCGACGCGCCCGGCUCGCAAGCCGUCAUCAGCCCGUCGGCCGCGACGCUCUUGGCGUCGGAGUGGCGGCGGCCGGCCAACUUUACAGUGAGCGUGGUGGAAGAGACCGUGUUUGAUCUUACGACGAGUGUCACUGUCUCGAUGGCGAGCGCGGUCUCGGCCGACGAGUUCUACCAGGGCCUCGGCCCAUCGGCUGUGGGAGCCAGCUUUCCGUACACUUUUUCCGCCAUUGACAACGAGGUUCAGACAAGUGUGGUCAGCAUUGCGCCGAGCGCUGUGGCGACCAAGCUGUCCAGCAUCCGUAUCCAAUUUGACAACCCGAUCCUCCCGCUCUACCAGUCGUCGAUGGAAGCCGCAUUCUCGCUGACCGAUACGACAGCCGACGGCAUUGUGCCAGUCUCCCUCUCGUGGCAAAGUGCGACCGAGCUCGUCGCGCUUCCGGUGAGCCCGAUGAUCAAGAACCGGCAGUACGCGGUGCUGGUCAACGCGUCGGUGGCCGAAUCGAUGACCGGGCUUGUCGAUGGGACGGCGGCGUUCCGGGUUGUUGAGCUCCUUGCGUUCUUUGAACCGAGCGACGGGGCAACCGGCGUCGAGCUCGACGCCGACGUGGUGGCAAUCUACGCGGUGCGAGCCGAUGUGAGCGAUGUACCUGCCAAUCGCAUUGCCGGUGUGUGGAGCUGGUCGGAGAACGGCAACGUGGCGCGGUUUACGCCGGCAAGCCCACUGGAGGACACAGUGACGUACAACCUCGUGUUUGGCGCCAAUGUAACGACAGUGGUAACCACCGACCUGCCGGACCUGCUUCAGCUGGGGCGGACGCUGACGUACUCGUUCACGACGGCCGUCAUUCCACCGCAGGUGGAGGCGAUGACACCGGUCGACGACGCGGUCGGAGUGGCUCUAGAAUCAACUGUCGUCAUCGAGUUUGACGAGGUUAUCGACCGCGCGGCGUCAGCGAACAGCGUGGUGCUGCGCUACGACUCGGACGGCGACGAUGUCGGCGACACCGCUGUGUCUGCAGUCGAGACUUGGACGAGCGGGGCGAGUGGCGAGGUGCUAACGCUGACGCCGGUGAGCGCCCUGGUCGGCGACGUCGUCCACGAAGUGGUUGUUCAGAGCGUGUUUGACGUGCCAGGCAACGCUAUCGCGCCGGUCACGUUCCGGUUCCGAACCAAGGACCUCGCAGCGCCGCAAGUGGUGGGUCACACGCCGCAAUCUGGCGUGGGCUCGGUUGAGGUCGACUCAGUGGUGGAGAUCACGUUCUCGGAGGCCAUGAACCAGCAGACGACAACGGCUGCGGUCCGGCUGUAUGCAGUUCCGCUUGACGGCACCGACCGGGUGCGGAUCGAUCAGGUGUCUCCAGUCUGGCUCUCGGAGAGCCUGCUCCAGCUGACGCCCGACGCAGAGCUUGAUGCCGUGGCUCGGUACAUGGUGGAGAUUGUGACGGACGCGACCGACUUGUCGGGCAACUCGUUGGCGAGUGUGUACAGCUUUAGCUUCCGAACCGUGUGCGGCGAGGCUAUGUACGCCGAGGCCGGGACUGGCGAGUGCGUGUGCGGACUUGGACUGUAUGGCCCUCCGAACGGCCCAUGCGUGACAUGCCCGCCAAACGGCGAGUGCCUGGGCGGACGAUCAAGUCCGUUCCCGCAGGCUGGCUUCACGUCGUCGCCGAACAACCCGCUGCUGUUCCAGCCGUGCGUGCCGCGCGAGGCGUGCCUGCGCAACAACACCUGCGCGACUGGGUACCAAGGCUCGAGCUGCGCCGAGUGCUCCAAGGGCACGCCGCGGUACUACCGGCUCUCGUCGCGAUGCGUCAAGUGCCCUGACGACGCGUGGAUGCGGUGGUCGGCGUUCUCGCUGGUUGUUGUGCUCGCUGCUGGUGGCCUCCUUGGUGGCCUGGCGUACUUUUCGCGGUCGAUGGUCAAGUCUGGCAUCAAGAAGUACCGCAAGUCGUGGGCGUCGCGGAUGGCGGUUGUCUCGAUCGGACUCAACUUUUGGCAGAUCAUUGCGGUGAUGGCAUCGUUCAAGCUCCGGUGGCCGUCUGCAGUCCUGAAGGUCUUUGACUUUUUCUCUGUUCUCAACUUUAACGUCGACCUGCUUGCCACCGACUGCUCUGUCGAGUACCCGUACGCGUUCAAGUGGGGUGUGACGAUGGCGGCUCCACUCCUGCUGGGCACUGUGUACAUUGCGCUUGUGCUCUUCUCGCGGCUGCUGUGCUCGGUGGUCUCGCGACGGCACCGUGGAAUCCCGUGGUGGCUGGUGGGCACUUCGAUGGUGACGGUGGCGUCAUUUGCGUAUAUGUUCCUCUCUGCCAAGGCCGUCGAGUUCUUUGACUGCACGCAGCAGGCCGAUGGGCGAUACCUGCUCGAUGCGGAUCCGUCGCUCGAGUGCUACCAACCGUGGUGGAUGGACAUGCUGCCUGCAGGCAUUGCAGCCGUGGUGGUGUACGUCAUGGGCAUUCCGGCUACCUUUCUUCUCCUCAUUCUCAAGUACCGGUCGUCGCUGGAGGACACCAAGUCUGCCGGCUUUCGGGUCUUUGGCAUCAUCUCGUCGCGGUUCCGGCCGUCGCUGGCGUGGUACGAGCUCAUUGUCAUCAUGCGCAAGCUCUUUAUUGCUGUGGCGAUGAUGACGUUCUCCGAGUCGCCGCCGGUCCAGGCGAUGAUUGCGCAGCUCGCGCUCCUGGUGGCGCUUGCCGUCCAGCAGCGGUACGUGCCGUUCAACUCGGUGGCAUGCAACAUGGUCGAGUCAGCGCUGCUCUUUGCCUCGCUUGUGGUCCUCGUCUUUGGGCAGGUCUUUUACACUCAGCAGUCGAACAUGCUCGGGUAUGUCACCAUUGCCAUCAUCAUUGCGUGCUCGGCCGCAGUGUUCGUGGUUGCGCCUGAAAAGGGCAGCACACCCGAGGACGCGGUUGCGCUCGAUCUCUUUGCAGGCGCGCACGACCACCAUCCGGGCGUCUCGCUGGCGAUGCAAAAGCGGCUGACGCAGUCGGUGGCUGGCGCGUCGCUCCCGCGGCCACACUACAGCGAGGGCGGCAAGCUAUCACGGCAGGUGAGCGACAAGUCCUCGCCGUCGCUGGCAGCGUCGUCGUCGCAGCCGAUCCGGGCCAACGCCUCGAUCUUUUCGACACAUGGUGGCAUCGUCGUCGGCAAGACGAGCGAUGAGCUCGGCCUUGCGGCCGCUAACCUUGAGGCCACGGGCGCGGAGCUCUGUCUUGAGCUCAGCAACCUUGAGCUUGUUGACGGUUUUUCCGGCACGUCUGGUGACGCACGGUACGGCGGCGGCCCGUCGUCGGCAUCAUCGCCGUCGUUGUCGUCGUCGGUGGGAGGAGGCGGCGGGAGGACGCCAGCAUCAAGAUCGGCGACGUGA